GACCACCCUAUAGCUGAUAUACUGCUACAGGGCGGCACCUGUGCGCAGGAUGACAUAUAUAUAUCAUUCUUCCUUUACUGGGUAGGGGGACACACACGCGCCCUACCCGCGCCACCAUUCUUGGCCGUGAAUGUCAACUACCGGGUCCCGGCCGGUAAUUACAUGCCGGCGCACGGUGAUUACUGAGCAUCUCCGAUGGGGAGGAAGAUUGUUUUGUUUACAAACAAUCUUCCUCCCUGUCAACUCGAGCACACUGCUUGGGAUAGCUGUCCAUAGGACAGCCAUCCUGAUCAGUGUGUUUACAGUGCCCCCUAGUAAAACACUCCCAGCACACAGUUAACCCUUUGAUCACCCCUCACAUUAACCCCUUCCUGCCC